GCUGGGAGUUGUAGUUAUACUUCCUACUUCUCUGCCUGGAACUUCAAAAUACGCCGAGGGAGAGCGGCGCAGGGCUGGACGAUACAGUAUCAUAAGAGGACAAUUGGAGUGCAAUUACACCUGUAAUGGCUUCUAUAGAUCCCUAUCAGUUUAUAGUAGUUGAGUACCAGUACUCCCACAGAUUUACAAUAACUGUAUUGAAGGCCAGCAAUGUCACAAAGGGACGAUUUGGAGACAUGUUGGACACCCCAGACCCCUAUAUUGAACUUUAUAUUUCGUCAGCACCAGACAGCCGAAAAAGAACAAAAUACGUGAACAAUGACAUAAAUCCAGUCUGGAAUGAGACGUUUGACUUUAUUUUAGAUCCACAACAAGCUAAUGUUUUGGAGAUAACUCUAAUGGAUGCUAAUUAUGUGAUGGAUGAAUCUCUGGGCACCACACAAUUUGAUAUCUCCUCCAUGAAAACUGGAGAGAAGAAAGAAGUUAGUUUUACUUUCAAUAAGGUGACACAGGUAUUUCUGGAGUUUUCACUGGACGUCUGUUCAUCCACUGACUUGAGGUUCAGCAUGGCUUUAUGUGACCAAGAAAAGGCUUUCCGCCAAAAGCGCAAGCAUGUGGUCGUGGAUGGGAUAAAAAAGCUGCUUGGUCCUGAAAAAAGCAAAGAUUUACACACCACCUCAAAAGAUGUACCUGUCAUUGCACUUCUUGGAUCUGGAGGUGGAUUUCGGGCCAUGGUUGGGUUUUCUGGUGUUUUAAAGGCUUUGUAUGAAUCUGGAAUUCUAGACUGUGUGACAUAUAUUGCUGGCUUGUCUGGCUCUACUUGGUAUAUGUCUACACUUUACUCUCAUCCCGAUUUCCCAAAUAAAGGCCCCAAGGAGAUCAAUAAAGAGUUAAUGGACAAUGUCAGCUACAAUCCCUUGCUCCUGCUUACACCGCAGAAGGUGAAACGUUAUGUCGAAGCCCUGUGGAAGAAAAAAAGAUCUGGACAACCAGUGACGUUCACAGAUGUUUUUGGCAUGCUCAUUGGAGAGACACUUAUACAAAAUAGAAUGGGCAGUAAAUUGAGUCACCUGCAGACUAAAAUAAAUAAUGGACAAUGUCCUAUGCCUCUAUUUACAUGUCUUCACGUCAAACCAGAUGUCUCCGAGCUAAUGUUUGCAGAUUGGGUGGAAUUUUCUCCUUUUGAAAUAGGAAUGGCCAAAUACGGUACCUUUAUGCCUCCUGACCUUUUUGGAAGCAAGUUUUUUAUGGGAACUGUAAUAAAAAAGUACGAGGAAAACCCUCUGCACUUCUUAAUGGGUGUUUGGGGCAGUGCUUUUUCCAUAUUGUUCAAUAGAGUCCUUGGUGUUUCCAAUCACAUCAAAGGUGUCACGAUGGAGGAAGAACUAGAAAACCUUAAACCAAAACAUAUAGUGACCAGUGACAACUCUGACAGCGAUGAUGAACUACAAGAACCAAAAGGUAGUGAAGCUGAAGAAGAAUAUCAAAGAAACAAUGAAGCUAGUUGGGUUCAGCGUAUGGUCAUGGCUCUAGUGGGUGACAGUGCCCUUUUUAACACUCGUGAAGGAAGAGCUGGAAAAGUCCACAACUUUAUGUUGGGUUUAAAUCUGAACACGUCUUAUCCCAUUUCGCCCUUCGUAGGUCAUGGGAUGGAGAGAUGUGCUGACGAUGAUGAGAUGGAUGCUGCUGUUGCUGACCCUGAUGAAUUUGAGCAAAUUUAUGAACCCUUGGAUGUGAAGAGCAAGAAAAUACACAUAGUGGACAGUGGAUUGACAUUCAAUCUACCAUAUCCUCUUAUAUUAAGACCACAAAGAGGUGUUGAUCUCAUCAUUUCCUUUGAUUUCUCUGCAAGACCAUGUGAUUCUAGUCCUCCUUUUAAGGAUCUCCUCCUUGCUGAGAAGUGGGCACGGAUGAAUAACCUCCCUUUUCCAAAAAUAGACCCACACGUCUUCGAUCGAGAAGGAUUGAAAGAAUGUUACAUUUUUCGACCUAAGAACCCUUCUGUAGAAAUCGACUGCCCCACCGUCAUUCACUUUGUUUUAGCAAACAUAGAAUUUAGAAAGUUUAAAGCCCCAGGUGUUCCUAGAGAAACAGAGGAAGAGAAGGAAUUUGCAGACUUUGACAUCUUUGAUGACCCAGAAACUCCUUAUUCGACAUUUAACUUCCAGUAUCCAAAAAAGGCUUUUAAGCGGCUCCAUGACCUCAUGGAAUUCAACACCCUAAAUAAUAUUGAUAAAAUAAAGCAAGCAAUUGUGGACAGCAUGGAAUACAGAAGAACCCACCCGUCCCGGUGUUCGGUGUCACUUAAUGAUAUUGAAGCCCGGAAAUUCUUUAAUAAGAACCACUAACACAACAACUGUGUUUUCUAGGUUUUUAGUUGGAGUUCAGUAAUCCAAAUGGAUGUCUACGUACAUACUGGUAAUUGUUGUAGCAUAAAAUGUGCAUAGGCAGGGGGGUAUACCUUUUAUUUAUCAGUAUCACAAAAUGUUACAUUCCUUUUUAUAUUGAGGCUUUAAAUGUUUAUAUAUUAAAGUACAUCAAUUGUAUGACUAUUACAGUUAUUAUUUGUUUCUUUUGUGUAAUAUACAUGACUAACAUUUUACUUUAAAUAAAAUGGGUUUUACAUUUUUCUCACAAGCAAA